CAAGAAUGUUGCUUAAAGUUCAUUUUUUGGUAGUUUUUUGUGUUUUUAAUCAAGUUCAAGGCAAAAAAAGUUCUGAAAGUAAAGAAGAUGGACCUGUAAAUUGUAAUAAAUUUCCGGGAACACACAGAAGUAUUCUCGGAUGUUGCAAUUACCCAUUUUUACAACAUGAUGAGACCUCAGUUCGUUGCAUGAGUGACGGAGCUUACGUUUAUGGACCUCCUUUGCGAAGCAAUUGUUUUGUUUACACUUGCGCCUUUAAAAAUCAUCAAAAAUUUAAUUCAAGCAUUUCUGAAGAAAAUUAUUUGGAUUUCAUGAUCGAUAAUUACGUGCAUUGGAAAUGGCUUCGAAUCAUCUCACCGGUUAUUGAAGAAUGUAAAUCGAAAGCUUUUGCCACUGAUUUGACCUCGUUCACGCAACCUCCUUACAACAUCGAUCCAGAAAGAUGUUUUUUGCCGUUUUUGAGCUUCACUUCUUGCAUUUACACUUACGGGUUUCGGAAUUGUCAUGGCGAUAUGUGGCUAAAAUCAAAAAAUUGUCAAAAAUGGAUGAAAUUCUUCAACACUUGUGACUCGAUCGACAACACACCGAAACUAUUGGAAGUGAUUCCAUUUUUAAACUUUUAAAUUUAUUUUUGGCACGAGCAAGUCUCCCUGAAAGGACAAAAAAAUGUAUCCAAAAACGAUU